UCCCGUGUAAUUUCGUAACCAGUGCUAUCGUCCGAGAGAAAGCAAUUCGCUCACUUGACCCGUUUAAUCCAAAACACGAAUGAUAAAUCACUAACGAGCCACCAACAACGAGGCUCCAAUAAUCUUUCGGUGAUAGACAUCGAGGAAAUUAAAAGAGUCUCGUCGAUCGAGCGCGCGAUGAAACGCCAAUUAAUUCGAUUAAUUUAUCGCGACACGUGAGAGCAAGAAACUUCUUAUUCGGUUCAGAAACUUUGGCAAUCCCACAAUAUCUUUUCCCAUCUUAUCGGAUCGAAUGAAAUAUUGUAAUACAUCGUGGAAGCUUCAAAGAUCGUGUAAUGAAGUUGAUGUUCUUCAUUUGGCAACGCAUAAUAGUCUCGUUUCAGAAUGAUCGACAACCGUGACGCCGUCUUUCGUAAAAUUCGUGAUAAAAAAAGCUUGAUGGACAACGAAACUUCCUUGCACGAUAUAUCUCUAAACGAGGAGUACAUUCUUGACAGGACCGAUGUUAGAGUAAUUUUUAUUACGCUCUAUUCCAUCGUCUUCGUUUUCUGCUUUAUCGGUAACUCGAUGGUAAUCUUUGUGGUAACAUUUUCACGACGAUUACGGAGUAUUACCAACUUCUUUUUGGCGAACCUAGCAGUAGCCGAUUUCUGCGUCGGUAUCUUUUGCGUGUAUCAAACGUUGACAAAUUACCUAAUGAACAGUUGGCGACUCGGUGAUUUUCUCUGCAAAGUAUACAUGUUCGUCCACGCGCUUUCCUACACAGCUAGCGUAUUAAUCCUAAUGGUGGUUUGCAUUGAACGAUACUUGGCUAUCGUUUAUCCGAUUAAGUGCAGAUCGGUGCUGACAAGAAGCAGACUACAGUUGGUAAUAGGAAUAGUUUGGAUCGUUGCCGCGAUUUAUGCUUUGCCGAGAUUCUUCUAUGUUGAGACCAUACAGAAUCGUUUAAUCACCGGCGACGUGGACAUCAUUUGCAUAGCCAAUAUCCAGAAGCACAACAAAACUCUGUUGGACGUCGUAAAUCUUGUCUUUCUGUACUUACUUCCGCUACUUCUGAUGUGCUGCCUUUACACGAGAAUCGCUGUCGGGUUAUGGAGAAGCGGCACUACCCUCGGAGGACCGGGUUUGGCGACUAAAAGCAAAAAUGAUAGCCUCCAUCGUGUUCACAGUUCCGGUAGGAAUGUGCUUCGCGCCAGACGUGGUGUAAUAAGAAUGCUAAUCGCAGUGGUGAUGAUGUUCGCCAUAUGCAAUCUGCCGCAACAAGCACGGAUUGCCUGGCGCCACUGGAGCUCGAGUUAUGAUCGAUCAUCGAACUUCAGCACUCUCCUAACCUUAUCCACUUUUUUAAUUUCCUACACAAACUCUUGUCUGAAUCCUUUUCUAUAUGCUUUCCUCUCGCGAAACUUUCGAAAAGGAAUAAGAGAACUUCUGAACUGCGGAAAGGCAAGAAAUCGAAGCAGCGUUUUGGUCAUGGGACGUACCGCAAGAGAAACAGCAACGCGACAAGAAAACGACGAAGGCAAGGUAAAUGAUUUUCGGCGAAGUUCAUUGGUCUGUUUUAGUUCUGACCGAGACAGCUCCGUUGCAGUUCCACCGAGUACAGAGCAAACCAUUUAUGAAAAAUCCAGUUACUAAUUAGUUUUAUUGGUGGAACUUUCAGCCGCGCUCCAUUUACAAAACCUUUCAAAAUUAGGCUAUUAAGAGUAUCUUUUUUUAAGCAGAGUCCGACGCAACUGAAACAAAGAUCUUCCUGUCGAAUGACUUUAUUCUUUCGCUAGUUCGAAACGAAAUCGAUCCUAUUCGGGUACGUUCGUGCUCUUUCUCGUUGUGUAUAUACAUAUACUCUAUAUAUAUAUAUAUAUAUAUACUAGGUGUUCAGCUACUGAUUUUACAUAAUUUAAAGGGUGAUUCUUGACGUCGAAAUAAGACGAAAAUUAAGAAUAAAAAGAUUACGCUUUUGGCUUUGUUUUUUAGUUAUUGACAAUUACAAUGUUUGUAUUAAUAACUUCCUUCGUUCUCUUUUUACUGUUAAUACGAGGGACGAUAAUAACGUCUUGAUUUCACAUGAGACAGGAAUACAAACAUACGAAAAAAUACAUCAUAGUUUUCAUAUCAUUUUUCAGAAGAUCGAUAUAAAAGAUCAGAAGGCAACGAGUCAUAAAAGAGAAAAAUUUAUAGUUUACAGCUUGUAAAUUAGCAAACUACCGUGCAAGAGAAUUCAGACGUAAUGUAAUAUCUUUACAGAGUUGAUCGACAAUUUUCAGAAUACUGAACCAAUACUGCAGAUUCACAGUUGCCGAGUUUUCCGAUUACACGGAAUUUGCAUUAAUCUAACUCGUAUUUGACAUUUGGCAUCGGCACAUGUGGUUUUAGCAGACAGACACGUGGAUCUUUAUGAGAUCAUACAUAUUCGACGAGAAUAGGGGACAAAAGAGAUGAAAAUUUCAUUGAAAUACGAGGCUCGUUAAUAGAACUUCGGUUUGUUAUAUCGACUGUUGAUAAUAGAAAUGAAACAAAAUAAAAAAUAAAAUUAACGAAUGAAUCUCAGAAGCAAAAUAUGAUAAGUAUAUUUUUAUUAAUACUCUGAUUUUAAUAUUAUUUCAUGAAUGUCGAGGAUUAUUAACGUAAUGAAUAAUUAAUUGUCUAAAUACUUUUACUAUCUCUGUGUAAUACUUGCACUAAAUGUCUUGUAAUUUCUACAUAUAUUUCCAGAUUUGUUUCAAAUUUUACUAUCAUUUAUCGUGAUAUUCAUAAAAGAUAUAACUUAGAAAAAACGAAUCUGGCACCCCGCUGGGGGUAGCCGCCCACAUACUAUAUUUAUUUCUUAUUUUUAUUUUUUUUUUCUUCACCAACAAGAUAUAACACUUUACCAAAUGUCCAUAAGGACAAAUUGUAAAAUAACGAAAAUAAAAUAAAAUAAAAAAAAUUUAUCGUGAUAGUCGACCUCAUAACAGUACUAAUGACGAUUCAAAAUGCUUCGCCCAACACAUAUAAUAUAUUCAUAAAGUAAAUCUGUAAGUGAAUACUUUCAUAAAUAACUGUAGUCACAUUUUGUUAUUGUCCGAACACUUUUAAAAGUAAUUAAAUAUAUGUAUCAUAUGGAGUUUCAUUAAACGAUUUCUUUCUUGUUUAAAUUAUCAUCGUUCUUCCGCUCUCGUCUCUUUCCCUGCUUCUGUCGAAUCAUGUGAGCGUUAUCUACAUUUUUUCUUAUUUAUUUUCCGCGUUAUCUCGCCGGGGUCUCGAGUUCACAGUCAAGUAACCGGUUAACUCCGGUCCAUCGACUUCUCUGUACAGCUUUAACGUUUUAUCGCAUAAUGGGCGAUCCUCUUUC